GUUCGUCCACCUGCAGUUUCCCUUCACUGCAUUUCAUUCACAGCUUCUGACAGAGCGACACAACAGCAGACAUGAGCGGACGAGUUGGAGACUUGAGCCCAAAACAGGCUGAAAUAUUAACUGAGUUUCGGGGAAGGGUCCAGGACAUCCUCCCCGACCUGCCUGCACAGCACGACUACUACCUCCUCCGCUGGCUCAGAGCUCGUAGCUUCAAUGUUCAGAAGUCUGAAGCCAUGAUCAGAAAGCACUUGGAGUUCAGGAGGAAGAUGAACGCAGACACCAUCAUAUCUGACUGGAAACCUCCAGAGGUGAUUGAGAAGUAUGUGUCUGGAGGGAUGUGUGGAUACGACAGAGAGGGGAGUCCCAUCUGGUAUGACAUCAUCGGUCCUCUGGAUCCUAAAGGUCUGCUGCUGUCAGCGACCAAACAGGAUUACAUGAAGACUAAGAUCAGAGACUCAGAGAUGCUGCACAGGGAGUGUCGGAGUCAGUCUGAGAAGUUGGGGAAGAACAUUGAAUCCAUCGCUCUGAUCUACGAUUUGGAAGGACUGGGACUGAAACACAUCUGGAAACCUGCUAUUGAGACUUAUGGAGAGGUCCUCACCAUGUUUGAAGAAAACUAUCCAGAGGGGCUGAAAAGGCUGUUUCUCAUCAAAGCUCCCAGAAUGUUUCCCAUGGCCUACAAUCUAAUCAAACACUUUCUGACUGAGGAAACGCGGCGCAAGAUCAUCAUUUUAGGAAGUAACUGGCAGGAAGUGUUAUGUAAACAUAUCGACCCAGAUCAGCUUCCUGUGGUGUACGGAGGAAACUUGACGGAUCCCGACGGAGACCCUCGCUGCAGAACCAUUAUAAAGUACGGCGGUGUAGUUCCCAGGUCGUACUAUGUUCUGGACUCUGUGAAGGUUCAGUACGACAGCAGUGUGACCGUCAACCGAGGCUCCGUCGUGCAGCUGGAAUAUGAUGUUGCAGCAGCCGGCAGCCUCCUGAGGUGGCAGUUUGCAAGCGACGGAGGAGAUAUCGGGUUCGGAGUGUACAGACGGACCAAAGAGGGCGGCGAUCAGAAAGUGGCUGAGAUGCUGCAGGUUCUGGCCAGCGAACGCUACAAUGCACACCUGGUCCCUGAAGACAGCUGCCUCACCUGCCCCGAGCCGGGCGUCUACGUGCUGUGUUUUGAUAACGGCUACAGCAUCCUGCAGUCCAAGAGGAUGAGCUACACAGUCGAGGUUCUUCCUCCUCCGGACAUUCAGCGUGGACGCAGCCGAGGAGACAUGAGGCUGCAGCGAUCGAGAACACAGAUCCUCGUGUGACAGAGUUCACUGAGUAUCAACGAUCAUUGACAGGAAAAUCAAUGCUUUUGCAUCAGGGCUGGAUUACCCCUCUUUAGGGCCCCAGGGCAAAACAUUAGCUGUGACCACCAGUUAACCCAUUUCUUCCGCUCUGUGCAUUGUGUAUGUAUUAGUUCGUUAUUAGUAAUUAACCUGUGGAAAGUUGAUUAAUAAAUCUCGUUUUUGGCCGCAGCAGGCAGGAUGAACACACUCUGUACACUACUGCUCAAACUGCACACAGACACAGUUAGAGACCAGCUGCUGAACAUAGUGGAGCAUUCAGCAGCUACAGAGACAGAGAUUCCCUUCAGGAGUUGGUAGAUGUGUUUAUUUUAACAAUAUUGAUUAUAGCUGCUUUAAAUACAAAUUAUUUUUACAUGUUUUCACACGGCCGAGAAACUGACCAUCUCCAGAAUAAAUCUAUUAGAUCCUCUACCCAGAUUAUAGAUACCAGGUUUCUGUGGUAACUUGAAUAAAAGCAAACUGUAACCCAGUUACUUAAGUUCAUGUAAACACACUGAGUGAUGUCCCGGUGCACUCACACACCCUGCAGUACUCGUCUACGUUGUUCAUUUACAAUUAUUUACACACAUUUCUUCACUUUUCCAUGAACAAAAACACUUCAU